GGAAAGAAGAGUAGAGAAAAACCAAGCAAGAAUCUUUAAUUCUCUCUCUAAGUUCUUCCAUCAAUCCAGCACGGUACAUUUAGAUUCAUUUGUAUAUAUAUUAUCUGUUCGCAGUCGGGGAUUCCAAGGGAUCACUGGCCAUUUCCUACGAUCUUCUUCAGCCGGCGGAUUCUGUGAUGUUUUGUUGACAAGUUUUUAGGGUUUCAAAUUCCAAUUUACCCAUCAAUUUUCCACUAUGCAUAUGUACACGCAUGUGUCUUCCUGUAUAAACCAGUAAUCGGAAACGCAUCUAUGGUUUACAAAAGCUUUUCAUGGCCUUACGGUGGUACUGAAGUCUUUCUUGUUGGUUCCUUCAAUGGGUGGACUAACCGGAUACGGAUGACUCCAUUAGAGGGUUCUUCCACAAUUUUCAUUGUAACUUGCGAUGUUCCUCCUGGCUAUCAUCAGUACAAGUUCUUGGUGAAUGGUGUCUGGAGAAUCGAUAAUCAACAAAGAUGUGUUCAGGAUGAAAAUGGAGCGAUUAAUAAUUUCAUGCAUGUCGAGAUUUCAGAAUCUAAUUCUUCUGGAUUUCAUCCUGGAAAUUAUGAUCCAAACAUGAUGUUAGAUAACACUGCAAGCAUACAACUUCCGACUCCACUUCCAAGUGUCACGAUGGAGCUGCAGCUGUUAGAUACAGACAAAGAUGUUUUUCAACGUAACAUUUUCACGCACUUAUCAAGUCAGAAAAUAUUUCACUUGAUGCCUCAAUCAGGCAAGGUUUUUGCAUUGGAUGAUGAAGUGACCAUAAAAGAUGCUUUCCACAUUAUGCAUGAACAGGGACUGGAUUCUGUACCCAUUAUGGAUGGGAACCGCAGACAAAUUUCAGGAAUGCUAACUGCUUCUGACUUCAUUUUGAUAUUAAUUGAGCUGAAUAGAAAUCGUGCAAUGCUGACAGAUGAACAAGUUGAAAUGCGUAGUAUUAGUACUUGGAAACAAGAAAAAUCUCGAUUCUACGGAGAAGCAGCUGUGGCUGCCGAGCUGAUGUUUAGGAAGACUUUAAUCCAGGCUAAUCCAGAUGAAUCUAUAAAAGAUGUGUCUCUUAAGAUUCUACUGAAUAAGAUAUCAAGUUUACCCAUUGUACACUCAAUGGGUGAUGGAUCUUGUCCGCAAUUGUUACAUGUGGCCUGCCUUGGCGGAAUUCUAAAAUACAUAUGCACGCAAUUCCGCAACCAUCUGAAUCAUCUUCCUCUUUUAAGGCGGCCAAUUGGAAGCCUCCAUUUGGGUACAUGGACCAGUAAAGAUGGACGAGCAAGCAGUCAACUUUUAACUGUACAUCCUACUGAAGUUCUUGGUUCUGUCCUGAAUCUUUUAUUAAAAGCUCAAGUAAGCUCAUUGCCUAUUGUAAAUAGUGACGGAUCCCUUGUAAAUGUGUACUCCCGGAGUGACAUAAUGUCAUUGGCCAAAAAUGAUGCAUAUGUUCGUGUUCAACUUGAUGGAACAAUUUUGACUCAGGCAUUGGAGCUAGUUGAUGGGCAAAGGUACGGUACUUGUACACGCUCUGAUCCUUUGUAUGUAGUGAUGGAGCGCCUUUCGAAUCCAGCUGUGAGACGGCUAGUAGUGAUUGAGGCUGGUACAAAUCGUGUUGAAGGCAUUAUCACGUUGAGAGAUGUAUUCACCUUCAUUCUCAGUUAAAACAAAGGCUGCUGUAAAUUCAUUCUCCUCUCCCAUUUACUAUCGGAUUUGCAUUACAUAAUCACUUCCUACAUGUUGCACACAUUUAGCGACUAUUGGUUUAUUUUCACUAGCCUGAAAAUGCAAUUUUAUUCAUAUAAACUUCCAAAUAUCACACAAUCCAAUCUCCCAAAGCUUCGGAUCACAUAAGAAACCUCGAACAGUCAGACAUCUUGAAAUGAAGUUUGUAAUUGAUGACAAACUGACAAUUGCUGAUUGUUAGAAGCUUAUGAUUUGUUACAUGUGUGAAGAGAUGGUCAUAUCCAUUUUAUUCUUUAAA